UUGAACUCUCCUAGAAUGAGGGCUCAGAAAGUGCCCUUGGACUUCGGUGGAGUGGAAGCAAGGAAAACCUCCCCUUGUAGACUUUUAGCGGCCAUUCUAAUCGGUUUUGUUGUAUUUCAAAAUAAUGAAGCUAUAGAAGUUCACACUGGAAAAUUGCCAACGAUUGUGGUACUGAAUGGCUCUGAUGUCGAGUUGCCCUGUACCUUCUCUAGUUGCAUGGACUUCAAAAACUCCGACUUCUGGUGGACAUUCCGGAAAAACAAAACAAGUGAAGAAACAAAAAUUAUUCAUAUUAAACUGAAAGAUAAGAGACCCCAAAUCUUUCCAUCUGAGGAGUAUGACAGAGUUACAUUUAUUGGGAAUAUUAAAGAGAAGAAUAUUUCCCUUUUGCUUGCUGACGUGGAUUUUGAGGACAAUGGAUUUUAUACUUGUUACUUCAAAAACCCACAGGAAAUGAAUCAAGAGGCUAAUGCGUCUCUUGAACUAAGCGUUGUCAGUGAAUUGGUAGAAGUGGACAACACAGUGACAGUGAUCAUCCUGUCUGUAAUCGGAGGGUUGAUAGGAUUCAUCAUUCUAAUAUUUAUUAUUAAAAAGCUUGUAAUGUUUAUAAUUAAGCGAGUUGGAAAGAAGAAGAAGGAGUGCCUGGUAAACUCCUGUGCCAACACUGAGCGUGGACAUUAUGGUUCCAAAACCGACCUCAAAACCCCACCAAAGGCUUGA